AUGUACGUAUUCGGUGAAAAAACCGAAGAUGAAGACGAUGAAGAAGAAGUAGAAGAUAAAUUUCAAAUUUUAUAUUUAGAUAUUGAUGAAGACCAAAAAGAUGAAGACUCCGAAGAUGAUGUAGAACUACCCAAACACUUGCGAUGUGCCACACAUACUUUGAAUUUAAUAGCCACCGCUGAUUUUAAAAAUACUGUUAGAUCAAUUCCAACAUUACGAACUAGAGAAAAGAAUGCAUUUAAUAAAUGUGCUCAGUUAUGGAAAAAAUUCAAUAAACCAAAAAGCAAUGAGAUCUUAAUUAAAAUUUUAGUUACAAGUUGA